AUGUCAACAGAGCCCCUCUUACCAUCUUAUGCCUCUGCUACUCAGCAUGAUGCCAGUCCCCAUGUCAGGCGCCAUUCUGCCCGUCGACGGACCUCCCUCGUCAUUCCAGCGGCUCCCGUCAUCCAAACCUUGAGUGGGCUCACAUUCAUGACAACGGCGAUCAUCUCCACCGUCUGGGCUUACCGAAGCUAUGUACCUCCCCCAGAGCUGUCCCCAGCAGAGCCGCCUUCGUUACUCCCAUAUUUCGCAUCGCUGUGCCUUACCAUUUCGCUCGGCUUCUGGGUCGGAUAUUUACUGUUCAUCCUAUAUGAUGGAGCCGGCGGGCCAAGAAUGCAACGAAAAGUCGUCAUCGGGGCUUCCACCGUGGGAAAGUUGGUUCUAGCGGGGGCUCAUAUAGGGGUUUGGCUAGGGUACAAAUAUCUGCUCACCGGCUCGAAGCAGCCCAGCUGGGCACUGAUGUUUCUAGCAACACAGGCUUGGUGGGAUGUUCUGCUGUUGGUGGUUUAUUCAUGUCUCAGAGCCCCAGUGGAACCACGAGUACGAUGGUGA